AUCAUUCCUGCAUCUGUUCCCUGGAGAAGGCUUGUUAGAGAUUCGAUUCCUGCUUUCCACUCCUCAGUUUUACCAGGGACAGGGAGGACCUGCUGCCUCUGAAUAAAGAGUGGGUUCUGGGAAGUAAAAUUUUAGUAUAAGCUUUUGUGAAACAUUCCAUUCUGAAGGAAGAAGCAGAGAUGUGUGCUUCACAGGGUGUAUUGACAUUCAUGGAUGUGGCUAUAGAGUUCUCUAAGGAAGAGUGGGAAUGUCUGGAUUCUGCCAAGAGGGCUUUGUACAGAGAUGUCAUGUUGGAAAAUUACAUCAACCUGGUUUCUGUGGGUGUUGCUGUUUCAAAACAAGAGGUAAUCAUCUGUCUUGAACAAAACAAAGAACCAUGGAUUGUUGAUGGAGAGAAGACAGAAGUAAGAGAACCAGCAUUGGAUUGCAAUCGUACCAAGAAGCUAUUACCAAAGGUGUGUACACAAAAUUAUUUUCAGAAAGAAAUAACACCAAGAUUUGGACUUAAUGGUCUUUUUGACCUAUAUAGAAAGAAGUUCUGGGAAUAUAGAGCUGGCAGUGAAGAGCAUGAAAUAUGUAAUUAUGAAAAUGAUUUGCUCCCAUUUUUACAGUUGGAUGCUUCUUUAGGAAAAUUUUUACAACAACUUUUGAAAUGCAACUCUGUACAGAGAAAUACAAAAACAUUAAAGAGAGACAUUUGGGUGAAUAAACACACUUCUCUGAAGCAUUUACUAAGUAGUAUGGUAUUAGACAAUACAUCAACACUUUAUGAAGAAAGGAGAUUUUGGAGAAGAGAAAAAAUUACUGAAUAUCAUCAAUGUGAAAGAUAUUUCUCUAAAAGUUUAUUACAUCUCCCUCAACCAUUAAAUCGAGUUUAUGACAAGUUCUACCAUUUAGAUCAACAUAAGAAAGUAUCUACAUAUGCAGUGAAACUUGGAAUAUAUCACAUGGGAAGCAGUUGUGGGAACUCCAACAGAGUAAAUGAUAAUAACAUAGGCUACAUUAAAAACCCCUUUCUGAAGUAUUACCAAAACAAUCAACUUGGAGGGAUUUUAUACCAAGGUAAUAACAUAUUAUAUGAUUCUCAUCAUGAAACAAUUCUAAGUAAAAAUGUGAUAAGUAAACCUAUUUUAGAAAAUUAUUAUAACCAUGAUAGUAGACAGGCUAGGUCUAAUCACUGCUCUCAGUCAAUUUUGCAACAGCAGGACCAUACCACAGAGAACCUUUAUGACAUUUUAAAAGAAUCCUUAACUCUUCAGCUUUAUAACAGAACAUGGACUAAAGGAGAUACCAACAGAUACACAUGUGAUAUAUACAGGAAUGCCUUAAUUGAAUCAUUAUACUUAGAGAGAGAUAACAUAAAACAUAUUAAAAAACUUUUCCUGGCCCCGGGAUAUGAUAAGUCCUUGAAUUUCAAUUCCAAUAUCAUUCAAUAUGAUUCAAACCAUAAUGAAAAGGGAAUUCAGAAUGCCAGAGUACAUAUAUACAGUUUUUCCAAUGUGUCAAAUCUCUUGGGACAUUCAAACUUAUCAGUUGAAGAAAAACACUCAAAAUAUAAACCACCAGGGAAAUGUUCCAGUAAACCCUCAGGCCUUAUGGUAUUUGAAACUAGAGGAAAAUCAUGGAAAUCAUGUAUGCAAUGUGGCAAGUGCUUUGCUCAGUACUCAGCUCUUCAAAACCCUCACAGAAUCCAUACUGUAAAGAAACCUUUCAGUUGUAAGGACUGUUUGAAAUUAUUUACUUGGUCUUCAAAACUUCAAGCUCACCACAGAAUACACACUGCACAGGAACUUUAUAAAUCUAAUAAGUGUGGGGAAUCAUUUAUGCAGUCAUCAAAUCUUCUAGCUCACCAAAGAAUCCAUACAGGAGAUAAACCUUACAAAUGUAAUAAAUGUGGUAAAUAUUUUACCCGGUCUUCAAAUCUUCAAGUGCAUCAGAGAGUCCACACAGGAGACAAACCUUAUGAAUGUAAUAAAUGUGGGAAAUCAUUCACACAGUCCUCAAGUCUUAAAAUUCAUCACAGAAUCCAUACAGGUGACAAACCUUACAGAUGUAAUGAAUGUGGUAAAUGUUUUAUUCGGUCUUCAAAUCUUAAAGUUCAUCAGAGAGUACACACAGGAGACAAACCUUACAAAUGUAAUGAAUGUGGGAAAUCAUUCACACAGUCCUCAAGUCUUAAAGUUCACCACAAAAUCCAUACAGGAGAUAAACCUUACAAAUGUAAUGAAUGUGGGAAAAGCUUUAUACAGUCCUCAGAUCUUAAAAAUCACUACAGAAUCCACACUGGAGACAAACCUUACAAGUGUAAUGAAUGUGGGAAAAGCUUUAGACAGUGCUCAGAUCUUAAAAAUCACUACAGAAUCCAUAGUGGAGACAAACCUUAAAAAUGUAAUGAAUGUGGAAAAUUAUUUUUCCAUUCUUCAUAUCUUCAAAUUCAUCACAGAAUCCACACAGGAGACAAACCUUACAAGGGUAAAAAAUGUGGGAAAUAUUUUACCUGGUAUUCAAGUCUUAAAGUUCACCACAGACUUCAUACUAUAGACAAACCAUAUAAGUGUAAUAAGCAUGGGGAAUCAUUUACAUGAUUCUGAAAACUUCAUGCUCACCACAGAACAGACACUGAACAGAAACCGUACAAACCUAAUAAGUGUUAAAAAUCAUUAACCCAGUCAUCAAGUCUUCUAGUACCACAGAAUCCAUACAGUAGACAAACCUUACAAAUGUAAUGAAUGUGUCAUGCCUAUUACCUAGUCCUCACUUCUCCAAUUCAUCAAAAAAUCCACACUGGAAAACAACCUUAAAGGUCUAAUGCAUGUGGAAAAUCUUUUUCCUGCUCCUCAAAUCUUCGAUUUCACUAGAGAAUCCAUACAGGGGACUAACCUAACAAAUGUAGUGAGUACAUAAUUGGUUUCCCAAGUCCUCAAGUAUUCAACCUUUCCACAGAGUCAAACCUUUCAAAUAGAGCGAAUGUUGACAAUCCUUUACCCUGUUCUCAGCAACUCUAAUGAAUAUAUGAAAUACAUUUCCUGCUCCUCAAAUCUUCAAGAUAACUACAGAACCCAUACUGCAAACAAACAUUACCUAUGUAAAGAAUAUAGGAAAUCCUUUACACACAGAAAUCACACUUUCAAACCUCUCAUAACAUGCAUACUAGAGACAAACCAUAGAAAUGUAAAGAAUAUGGCAAAUCAUUUAUCAUUUUCACAAACCAUAGACCAUAUAGAAGAUCUAUGCAAUAGACUAACUUGAUAAGUAAUCACUGUCCUAGUAUUAAUACAGAAACCUCUUAUUUACAAUGAAAAGCAUAUUUGUAAGAAUCUAAAUAAUGUUGAAACCUUACUCAGAGAACUCCCACAGGAAAGCCCUAUAUUUUAUUAGGAAUUGGAAAAAUUUACAAAGAACACAGCUAAUAUUCAUCUUAAGUAGUUAUUUAGAAAACAAAAUAUGAAAAAAUUUUCACCCAGUAUUAAUCUGACAUCAUUAAUCAAUGAUGGUAUAGAAUUCAUGUUCAAACAAAACUAGAAAAGUAAUGUUUUAAAAUGUAAGGAUUUAAGCCACAAUAAUAUAAAUAUCCUUAUACAAACCUGUUGCAUAAUGUUCUGUAUAGUAUAGCAUUUGUGAGAUAUAUUCUAUGUGAAUAUUAUUUUAUUGUUAGUCUUUGAACAUUUUACAAAAUAUACAUUAUAGUUAAUAUUUAAUCUCAAUCUCUUCUUUGUCUGAAUUAUCAAUAAAUAUAUUAUAACUGUCUUCUUAUUA